AUGGCCUAUCUGCUCCCUUUAGACGUCUACCCUGCUAAUUUCUGCCACAUGUCUGUGAUCCACCUACUUUCAACGGAUAUCGAAACAGGAGGUUAUAAUGAUGAAUUAGUCAGUCGGACCAUGUUUAUGUUUGAAGCAACCUUCAAGGAAGCGAGCAGACAGGAGAAAGGCAUAUUUUCGGCCACUCAACUAGAAUGGUUCUCCUGUAAGAGUUAUAAUAUCGCUCUCAAAAUACACAAACACUCCGACUCAACCUUAGCCACACAGUUGUUAGCUAUAUCUGAAAAGCUUGCCGGGAUUUGCCAGCGACAUUUACCAGAAGGGGAACGAUUUACUCUAUGCCAGAAUUUCCUCCUAUACGAUCUUCUCCGAGCCGUAAUAGCGGUAUCAGAAGCUCGUAGAUCAGGAUAUCCCCUCAGCAAAGGACAACACUACAAUGAGGUUCGCAAAUGUACACGGAACUUCCGAGCCCAUAUCCAAACGCAGCUAGACAGAUGUAGGACAGCCGUCCAAACCAACGAAUGGUCGGCCAAGUAUCGCACCAUGCUGUCGUUUAGUUUUGAGGCGGCCAUUUUUGCGCACCGAUGGGAUGAAGCAGCUUCCAUCAUUGAAGAAUCGAGGAAGAUAAUAGAUAAUAAACUUUCUGCUACGUUCCUAGACUGCAUCCUCCAGUCUACAGCGCCAACGUUAGAGAUGGCCAGAAUUCUCAAGUUAACAAUAUGCACUCUUCACUCGUCACCAUCUCCAUACUUAAACUCCUUCGCCUUUCAAGAAUCCCUGUCCCGAUAUCUUCGAAUCCUUUUCCAACUCUCCUUACAUGUAACCGACGAGUCACUCGCUGAGUCCGUCCUCGACCAGGCACUUGACAUAGCUCGUGACUCUCACAAGACACCAUCUAGCUACCCUAAUGAGGAGAUUCAAUGGUUGGCAACGGUUGCAUUCAACCAGGCAGUCGAAUUCUAUCGGCUUUGCAAGGAUGAUGAUUUUAAACGGUGGGCUGGGAAGGCUAUUGCGUUGGCUGAUUUGAUGGAGAUUCGUCCCGGGGAGCUGGGAAGACUGUUGCGGCGGAACUUUGCGAAAUUGUUGGGUUGA